GGUCGAGCGCGUCUCUUCCUUAGCUCCCCCCGCUUAUUUUUUUCCCCUUCCUGAAACAAGAUGGCUGUCGUUCCAGAGAGCGGAGUUCUCACGUUCAGCGUUUUUAAAUGGAGCUCGUACUCCUCCGCUUAUUUACCAGAGAACAUUUUGGUGGACAAACCUAAUGAUCAGUCGUCUCGGUGGUCAUCUGAGAGCAACUACCCUCCACAGUUUUUAAUCUUGAAACUGGAGAGGCCGGCGAUUGUUCAGAGCAUCACCUUCGGGAAAUACGAGAAAACGCACGUCUGCAACCUGAAGAAGUUCAAGGUGUUUGGUGGCAUGAGCGAAGAAAACAUGACUGAGCUUUUGUCCAGUGGCCUUAAAAACGACUACAACAAGGAAACGUUCACCUUAAAGCACAAGAUCGACGAGCAGAUGUUUCCCUGUAGAUUUGUCAAAAUAGUGCCUCUGAUGUCGUGGGGUCCGAGUUUUAACUUCAGCAUCUGGUACAUUGAGCUGCAUGGGAUCGAGGAUCCGGAUGUAGUGCAGCCCUGCCUUAACUGGUACAGCAAGUACAGAGAACAGGAAGCCAUCCGCCUCUGCCUCAAACACUUCCGCCAGCACAACUACACGGAGGCCUUCGAGUCGCUGCAGAAGAAGACGCGCAUAGCGCUCGAACAUCCCAUGCUCACUCACCUGCAUGACCGGCUGGUGCUGCAAGGCGAUUUCGACGCCUGCGAGGAUCUCAUUGACAAAGCCGUCCGAGACGGUUUGUUUAACCAGUAUAUCAGCCAGCAGGAGUACAAGCCCAGGUGGAGUCAGAUCAUCCCCAAAUGCAACAAAGGUACAAGCGCCCAAGAAAUCAACAGAGACGACAUGAACACCGACGCCGACGACAACAGACCCGGGAUGAGGGGAGGACAUCAAAUGGUCAUUGACGUUCAGACCGAGACGGUCUACUUGUUUGGGGGCUGGGAUGGCACGCAGGACCUUGCUGACUUCUGGGCUUACAGCGUUCAAGAAAACCAGUGGGUCUGCAUCUCUCGCGAUACCGAGAAAGAGAACGGUCCGAGUGCCCGUUCCUGCCAUAAGAUGUGCAUCGACUCGCAGCGACGCCAGAUCUACACGCUGGGCCGCUACCUGGACUCCAGCGUCAGGAACAGUAAGUCCCUCAAGAGUGACUUCUACCGCUACGACAUCGACGUCAACACGUGGGCGCUUCUCAGCGAAGACACGGCGGCCGACGGGGGGCCCAAGCUUGUGUUCGACCAUCAGAUGUGCAUGGACUCGGAAAAGCACAUGAUCUACACGUUUGGCGGCCGCAUCCUGACGUGCAACGGCAGCGUGGAGGACAGCCGCACGUCCGAGCCGCAGUUCAGCGGCCUUUACGCCUACCACUGCCAAGCGGCCACGUGGAGCCUCCUGCGGGAAGAUUCGUGCAACGCCGGCCCCGAGGACAUCCAGUCGCGCAUCGGACACUGCAUGCUCUUCCACACCAGAAACCGCUGUCUGUAUGUGUUUGGGGGUCAGAGAUCGAAGACCUACCUGAACGAUUUCUUCAGCUACGAUGUGGAUGGAGACCACGUGGAGAUCAUAUCUGACGGCACCAAGAAGGACUCGGGCAUGGUACCCAUGACGGGCUUUACCCAGAGAGCCACCAUCGACCCGGAGCUCAAUGAGAUCCAUGUCCUGUCGGGCCUCAGCAAGGACAAAGACAAACGCGAGGAGAACGUCCGCAACUCCUUCUGGAUCUAUGACAUCGCUCGCAACAACUGGUCCUGUGUGUAUAAGAACGACCAGGCAGUGAAGGAAAACCCCGGCAAGGUCCCGCAGGAGGAGGAGCCGUGUCCGCGCUUCGCUCACCAGCUCGUCUACGACGAGAUGCACAAGGUGCAUUACCUGUUUGGUGGCAAUCCAGGCAAGUCUUGCUCUCCCAAAAUGCGCCUGGAUGACUUCUGGUCCCUGAAACUCUGUCGGCCCUCCAAGGAGUACCUGCUGCGCCACUGCAGAUAUCUCAUCAGGAAGUACAGGUUUGAAGAAAAAGCGCAAUCGGAGCCACUGAGCGCGCUCAAAUACCUGCAGGAUGACCUGUCGCUCACGGUGGACCACACAGACCCCGAGGAGACCAAAGAGUUCCAGCUCCUGCCCUCAGCACUGUUCAAAUCCAGCAAUGACUUCAUCCCUCUGGGUUUCUCGGACGUGGACCAGACGUACGCCCAGCGCACGCAGCUCUUCGACACACUCGUAAACUUCUUCCCCGACAGCAUGACGCCGCCGAAGGGCAACCUGGUGGACCUCAUCACCCUUUAGCCCCUCCCCCCCUGCCCUGCGACGCGUCACCACCUCGCCCACUGGACAAAAAUGCAAAGAGGGAAAAAAAGGGGCGCGAGAGACACCAGGUACUUUCCAUUUCUAAUAUCAUGCCCCCUCCCAUCAUUUUAUGUCGCCAUCUGCUGCUGCCACCCCGAGACUGAGACAAUGUCUAGCCAAGACUGUGUCAUGCUUGAGUGGAAUCGUGUAUGCGUGCGUGUGACAACCAACUGCCAAACCUUUUUUUUUUCCUCUCUUGCCUCAGUCAUUUGCAUCCUCACUCUUAGCCAACCAGGCCCGAUUUACUACAUUUGGAGUUCACAUUUUUUGAAUUAAUAGCGCUCAUUACAAUACCGACACCUAGUAUUCUGUGGUGGAGUAAAAUACAGUUCUGCUCAUAAUUUUGUAGACCGCCUAUCAUGACAGAAUCUGCGACAGUCCACUGAACCC